AACGACCAAAGCACGGCCGUAGUCCCAAGCAAUGUAUCCCACCACCCCUAGCGAGUCGUACGACGGCAGGUACAGCAGCAACGGGACUCCGGUACCGGCAGCGCCGCCGCAGGCGACGUACAACCACGCGAUGAACCACUCGCACCCCGCCGCUGGGCUGAGGAGAUGGUCCACCAGCCUCUUCCACUGUAUGGACGACCCGGGAAACUGUCUCAUCACUUGCCUGUGCCCCUGCAUCACCUUCGGGCAGAUCGCGGACAUCGUGGACAGAGGAUCCUGCUCGUGCGCCGGGAGCGGAGCGGCCUACGCGACGAUCUGCGCCUUCACGGGGAUGGGGUGCCUCUACUCCUGCGUCUACCGGACCAAGAUGCGGGCACACUACGACCUGGACGAGGGGGAGUGCCCGGACUUCCUCGUGCACUGGUGCUGCGAGUGGUGCGCGCUCUGCCAGGAGUACCGGGAGCUCAAGAACCGGGGAUUCGAUAUGGGGAUCGGUUGGGAGGCAAACAUGGAGCGGCAGAGGCGGGGUGUCACCGGGACGCAGGUGAUGGGGGCGCCGGCCACGCCGGUCGGCAUGAUGAGAUAGGUGGUGGACUGCUGGUGCUGGUCGCGAAAUGAUCGAUGCUGCUUUGCUACGGUGGUUCGAUUCUCGUGCUGUCCCGAUAUGUCAUUUCUCCUCUCCUUUUUGUUUUUGGUUUCGAGAUCAGCGACUCUUUCUCGUAGAGUGUGUAUCAUAUCUGCUUGGUUUGUGCAAUGCGCUUGAUUCAGUGGAAUUUGUGUCAUUUGUAAUGUGUUCACAACUUAUGCAAACGGUGAUUGAUUUGCUGGUCC